CGUCGUCUCAUCGCUUUUUCGCUGAAAUCAAAAUUUUCUCCAGUUUUCCGAUCAGACGAAGGAAACCCUAAAAAUGGAUGGUCAUGAUUCUGAGGAUACUAAGCAGAGCACUGCUGAUAUGACUGCUUUUGUCCAAAAUCUUCUCCAACAGAUGCAAACCAGGUUCCAGACAAUGUCGGACUCCAUCAUCACAAAGAAUAUCCUUAUUUCAAUCUGUGGUUUUGCUUGAAUGUUGCUUGCAUUAGAAUAUUUUACAUGUUUACCUCCUAGAGCAGUAAUGAUGAUCCGUGAUAAUUGAUAUCUUUGUGUCUUCAAGGAAAUAAAUUUAGUACUAGGAA